AUGGACUAUGUCCUCGUCCGGAGGCGAGACCAGCGAGACGUGCUGGUGAGGAAGGCGAUCGCGGGUGCUGACGGGUGGACCGACCAUCGCCUCGUCAUCUCGAAGAUGCGUAUUCGCCUACAGCCUCGCAGGAGACCUCAAGGUAGGCGAUCCCCAGGUAAGCUGAAUACUGCUUUGUUGUCGUUGCCUGCUCACCAUCUCCACUUCAGUAAUGAGCAAAUUCAACGACUAGACAACCUUCCAAUCGCUGGCGCUACCGCCGCCGCUGACGAGAACGCCUCUGUGGAGAACCGAUAGUGUCAACUGCGGGACACGUUCCAGUCGACUGCGCUAGCCGUCCUUGGUCGAGCACGCCGCCUCCAACACCAGGACUGGUUCGACGACAACGACGCCGCCAUCAGCAGUCUGCUCGGCGAGAAGAACCGCCUACACAAAGCCUACGUACACUACCCCACUGACAAAAACAGAGCUGCUUUCUACCGCCGUCGCCGCCACCUUCAGCAACGACUGCGCGAGAUGCAGGACGCCUGGACUGCUUGCAAAGCUGAGGAGAUCCAAGGGUACGCGGACCGCAACGAAUGCAAGCACUUCUUCUCCGCGAUCAAAGCUGUCUACGGUCCGCCGACGAAGGGCACUGCUCCUCUCCUCGGCGCCGACGGUAGCACUCUCCUGACUGAAAAGAUGCAAAUUCUACAGCGAUGGGCCGAGCAUUUCCGAGGCGUCCUCAACCGCCCCUCCGCCAGCUCCGACGCCGUCAUCGACGGUUUGCGAAAGUGGAGACCAACGUGGACCUCAACCGCCCGCCAUUUCUUCAGGAAACCAUCAGGGCCGUGCAGCAGCUCUUUGGCGGGAAAUCGCCUGGAUCGGACGCGGUCCCUACUGAGGUCUACAAGCACGGCGGUUCCCGACUGAUGGACCACCUGAAUGCGUUCUUCCAGGAGGUGUGGCGUCAAGGUGACGUCUCGCAAGAUGUCAAAGAAGCAACCAUCGUGCAUCUCUACAAACGAAAAGGGGACCGUCAAGUCUGCGACAAUCACCGUGGCAUGUCCAUGCUGUAG